GUCUCCCCUCCCCUUUCUUCCCCAAAUCCGAUCGGGGCCUCGUUCGACGACCGGCGAGAUCCAAUCCUUGACGACGGCGGCGGCGGCGGCCAUGGCUCGCCGUGUCCCUGCUAUUCUUCUCCUCUUCUCGGCGCUGCUCCUCUCCCUUGCCUCAGCUGCUCCGGCACAAGAAGCCUCCGCUGCCUUCGUCGAUGCCGCGUCCCGCCGCUACCUGCGGGAUCAACAACACGACCAGGCCACUUCAAUGUCACUGGAGGAAGUUUCUGCGGCUGUUUCUGUCUUGCUUGGCUUUGCACCACCACCCUUUCUGCCUGCACACUCUUCUUCAAAGUUAAACCAAGUUCUACUCCCUAACCCAUUUGACAGACCACGGGCUGUUUUCUUGCUGCAAAUUGAUGAAUCCCAUGCCUCCAUUGAAAGCAUCACAUCUGGAGCUGGUAGCAUCUUCAAAACCACAAUUGAAGGUUUAAGCAAUUCUGCUACAGGACUUACAGAUAAGGAUGAUCUAGUCAUCGUUCAUUCAGAUGAAUCUCCAGCUGUUGAUUCUGGUUCUGAUUAUGUUGAUAGUGAACUCAUUGACUUGGCAAACUGGCUUGGGGGUUCAUAUGAGAAGGUUGACAGCAAAUUAAACAUUCCCUUGGAGAGUGGAAAUACUCUUACUUUGCUUCUUGCCAAGGAAGCAGACAUGGAAUUUGCAUCCAGCUUGAUCUCCCUUCGUAAAACUAUAAAAAAGGGAAUUCAGGUUCAUGAAGAUUUCUCAGGUGGUGUCAUGAGCCCUGCAGAAUUAUUAGUAUGCCACUUCAUAGGCAUUAAGGCUUUGGAAGAAGAAUAUGGUUCUGCAGAAAUUGUUAAACAGGGAACUGAUGUAGUCCGAACAGCUGUUGCCAAAGCAUUCGAUUUACUACGUGGAGCAUAUAAUGGGGAAAUUGUUGGAUUAGUAAUAUCCACAAAGGAGGCUUCAGCAUCCUUAGUGGGUCCAGCAUCUUCACUGCACAUUUCGAGAUGGCUAGAAGAAAAAAGCCAAACAAACACUACAGGCUCUUCUGAGAUACUUGUUAGAAAGAGUUUGGCAUGGAUUACAGGAAUCAUUCUUCUCGUCUCUACUCUCAUUGGGGUUUGCUUGCUUAUGAAUAUGCCACUUACCAGGGACACCCUCCUGUAUUCAAAUGUCAAAAUCGAUUAGAUGAAACUAAGAGUAAGAGAGAUUAGCGCUUGGUUGUUGUAAUUGUCAUUUCACACUCUACGUGGCUUUUAUGGGAUGGUUUUAACCUUUUAUUAGGCCACAUGUUUGACAUAAAAAUGCUGCUUCUGUGUGGGUCUGCCGCGAACGCAAAAACAUUUUUUUGUGAAUUGAACUGGCCCUUGUUUUUGGUUAUAAAUAAACAACCCAGAGGAGCAGAAUUGGUUGAUAUAUAUGUAAUAAUUUUUGCAGAA